UGGGGUGGGGGCUAGCCUGCGCAUGCGCACAACGGUGACGCAGGCCCGACGUGGUGUCCGCGAGUGCAGGUUGGAGCUCGGCUCGUUGUUGGUGCUCAGACGGCUUCGGCCAACGGUCGAGCGGUGGCGGAGAAAAAUACGAGGGCGUGGGCGGAGUUCUACCUCACCUUACAAACAACGCGCGGAGCUGGGCGCCCCCCCUGUGAGACGGCGGCCGCUCGGGUAGAUUGUGGUAUGAUGGUUCGUUCAAGGUCAAGAUCCCCAAGAUGGAAGCAGAGGGUAGAGUGUGGUAUGAUGGUUCGUUCAAGGUCAAGAUCCCCAAGAUGGAAGCAUAGGUCAAUCUCGCCAACCUGUGUAAGAAGCCAAGAAUACCAUGUUGAGAGAAGAUUGUAUCAGUCACAUACUAGUGAGUCAAGAGCAUUCAGUCAAAGCUCAGGAAGACCUACACAGUGGCGGGCACAACAGGAUAAAUGGAAUGAAACGGGCAGUGUCGAAUCGAGAUCGGGAAAUGCACAAUAUGGUAAAGUUCAUUAUGAAGUUUUUGAGUAUGGGCAUCCUUCUCCAAUUGCAAAAAAAGUGGGAGCAGAACAUACAACGGGAAGACACCUCUACCCACAUGGAAGAGAAGGAAAUCGAUCCCAUGCCCUUCUUUCAAAAUCUGCUGAAGAGAAUCCAUACCAUGAUCACGAUGAACGGCAUCAUGGCAACAGUGACUGGCCUAAUGAGCGUCACCAUGGUCACAGCGAACGGCAUGAUCAUGAUGAAUGGCGUAAUGAUCACGAUGAACGACAUUAUCAGAGUGCAGAAAUCGUGACUCAUUACAAAUUACCUGAUGAAAAAUCCAAGACUGUUAGAAGUGAUCCACAAAUAACUUCAUACGAUCGACCAAGUACUAACUCUUAUGGUUAUUCAGACAAGUGGCGUGACACUGAAGGCUUGAGAAGUCAUAAUUUGCAUGAGGAAAGGCAUUCAGAUUCUUUACGUUCUCCUGGAAGACAGCCUGAAGAGUUUCUGGAAAGGAAUUCCCACCAGAAGAGGUAUCCCGAGGAAGAUGAUGUCAAAGGGUGCAGAGAAGCAUCUGGAAGAGGCUGGGUGCCAGGAAAGCAUGAGACCGUAGAUCAUGAUCGAGACUUAAAAUGGAGAGGUGAAAAAAAUCCUCAUUAUAGAAAAGCAUACACUUCGACAUUAUACAAUGACUCUGAAGGUGCACGUAUCAAAGAUGUUUCAAGAGCCUGGUAUAGUGAUAGUGAUCGCUUUGAUGAGUGUGUACAGGUAAAGAGUGGGUUUGCACAUUCGCAAAAGUAUCCUGAAAUACACUCAUCUGAGCAUCACCAGAGCUUUUCCAGUGAAAGACAGCAAAGAUAUUCAAGUAAAGAUAAAGAAUAUACGACUGCCUCCUCGAGUACUAAAGAGGUGAGUCGUUUUCACAGUAACAGCAGGAGGUCAGGUACUGAUGUGAACAAAGCAGAGGGUCACAACUCUGUGACGAAAAAAUAUCCAGUUCUCGAGCAUUACUUUGACAGGUCUCCGCGAGCAAACAAGAAAGAAGUGAGCCCAAGAUAUACAGCACCCUCGGCAACAAGGGGGCGAGUGGAAAGAGGAAAAGAGUUCAGGAACCGCUCUAAUUUUUCUAAGGAUCAGCGUGAUGAUGCUCCUAAACGAUUAAACCAUAGAUCUUAUCAAUUGGAAACUUCACGUUGUACUUCCAAUAAUGAGCGAGGCAAUACAACCGAGUCCUUAACCAUCAAAUUAGACAUGAAGAAGAUUGUGAACAAAUGCAGUCGUAAAUAUUUAGCUGUGAAUUUGAAUAUAUGUGGGGAUUUCUCCAGGCCUACAUCAAGCCAUGCUUCAGAGAGACUAAUGUCUCGGGAUUUGGUUAGUGUUGGCAAGAAACGGGAUGAGUUCCAUCAUGUGUUUGAGCAUAUGGGUUCAUCAUUGAAGGCGAACCCGAAUAUCUCUUCAGGAGAAUUUGCCCAGGAGAUAAUCACUUUGGUGCACCAAAUUAAAGGUGAUCAAUUUAAGUCUUCCGAUGUAACUUUGCAUGACCGCUUUUCAAAGUUACAAAAUGCACAAAGUCUACCAAAAGACGCAAAACAUCUGGGUCCUGAGAUACACAGACGGAUUGACAUGUCACUGGCAGACUUGCACAGUCGAGAAAGGAAACCUGUUGGAAGAAAGACAAGCACAUGGGUUGCAGUAAAUCCGGAUGACCUUCGCCAUGACAUAGAGAGACGGAGGAAGGAACGGUUGCGGGACAAGUAUGAAGUGCCCUAUCAAACUGAGGAGCAUAAGUUGCUUUGUGACAGAUCUGAGAGGCAUGAAAAGUCUUGUUCAUCCAAUCGAAUGAAAACAUCAAGAGAUCUACACUUUAAAGAGCCACCAACUGGGCUUAUGGAGCACCGAAUGAGACUAGCAAAAAAACCCUUCCCGGUGCACAACCUUUUAUCCGGAGUUCUGGAAACCGAAAAACUCCGAAAACCGGCCAUUUUUUCCAGGAUGUCGUCUGCACACCAAAGCUCGCGUUUGGUGCCAAACUUGAGCCGAAACGACCCACGGUCAACCCAGAAUUUUUCAAAAGAGUAUACAACAUUUGGGCGAAAGAAAAGUUUCAGCAUUGAGUCAAAAUACCGGCGAUUGUAUGGCGUUGGUUUUGGACGUACUAAUCCAAGAGAAAUCACCAAACACUUCAGGGAAGGGCUAGUAAGGAAAAGGAGAGAUGAAAGGGAAUUACCCAGCAGUACCACAGACAAGUAAUUGACCAGAAUGUGGAAGUGUUGAGAUCUAUGUUUGAAGAAAAUCUCCCGAGAACAUCUUUUUGAAAUCUAUAUGCCUGUUGCAGACUGCUGUAGAUCCUAUUAUUUGUUCACCUUAUUUCACUCUAGUUAGUGGUACUUAAGACACUUUGUGAAGUAUUCCUGGGCAAGCUGAACAUAGAUUUGACAGUAUGAGUAAAUGAGCACUACCCCAAAUAGUACCUUCUGCUCUAAUUUCUGACAUAGUUUUCCCAUUAAUAAAUUAGUGUGAACAGCAUACCAUUAAAAACUAUAAAUAUUGAUGCUAAAUAACAAUCUGUUCAAAUGUUAUCAAUGAUGUACCAAGGGUUGAAAGUAGCAUUAUGUUUCAAAAUUAUGUAGCCUGUGACUACAGGGGACUGAACAAAAAAUGCUUGUUGCGUAUUGAUGUAGAUGUCUGAAUAAAAGUGUUUUCAUUGUUUAUAUCAAACUUUAUGGCUAACUAUGCUCCCAUGGUUUUACUUUUCAUUUGAUCAUGCAGUUUUGCAUGUAUAAAUAAACAAUGUUAAUAUUUGGACAAGAUACUUGAGCAUUUGUACCUCUUUUCUGUUCUGUUGAAAUGGGCAUUGUUCUCCACUGUGUAGGAUUAGCACCAAAUUUGGGUGAGAUUGGAUGCUACAAAAAAGAUAGAAUCAAGAAAUACUAUCAAUCUUGCAAAAGCAUGGCACAAUGUAACAAAAUAUUGUAAAAGGGCAAGUGAUACAAAGCAAGAAGCAAAGAAUGGGAAUCUCACUAUUCACAAAACCGUGGGAACGGGAUGAUUCAUAUUUUAAAGACUUUUAGAUCUCUGAUCUUUAUUCUAAACUGUUCUUGUACCCAUUCUCAGGUUGGUGCUAAGUAAUCUCUUUGAUUGGAUACCUGUGUGGAACAUCACAUGUUUGCAGUUUGCAACAAGGAAAGUUCAGUAAUGAGAGCCAGUUAUAGAAAUGUGUUAAUGUUAAAAUUGCGUUUCUUCAACAGACAAAUAUGCCAGUGACUAAACAAAACAAUCUUAAAAUUGGCUAUCUAGACUACAUUGUAAUAUGAAAGUUUUGAAUUUGUUUUGUGCUUAGAAGAAUCACUUACUUGUAUUUUCCUUUUGAACUUUUGCAGAGUCUCAACUGAUUGAACCAUCUAUUUUAUAAACCGUUAUGUUUUGUUAAUUAACAUUGAUUUUAUUUGACACCGUUGCAACCAUUUAUGGAGCAAAUUGAGGGGAUUUUCCAUUUAUUUUCUUGAUCUUUCAUCCAUAGUUAACCUCUUGAAACCAUUGAUAGUACGUCAGUAAUGUUAACUUCAUAUUUUUGGGAGAUAUUGAAACCUAUCAAAACUUUUAUAAACGUUCUAUGCCAGCAUUUCUAUUUUGAAUGGAGGGACUGGCUACUGAAAGUUUAAUGGUCGAUUGUUCAAUUAUUUAAAUUAAAAGUCGUAUAACAUUGAAAUAGUUUAUGAAUCCUAACUGCUUACUUGUUUUCUAUGUUAGCGACUCAGAUUUUGAUCUACAAAUAUACUUCAAGCAUUUGAUCCCCUAAGCUUCUCAAUUGGUUAAUACACAACUCCAUUGGAAAAAAGCAUUUGUAUCUUUUGUAUGCAGAAUGCAUUUCUUAGUACUGAUAACUUGCUUAAACAAAAUACUAGAAAUGCUCAGCAAGUCGAGCAGCAUCCCUGGAGAACAAAACUUUCAUAAUUGUAAGCUGAUUCCAUUUAAUUCAAAUGCAUUUUGUUAAUAACUUUCUAACAGUUGACCAUGCAGUGAUGUUUUAUGAAACUGUAUUCGUUUUGAAAGCUGUUAAUUUCAGUACACGGCAAGGUUGAAAUUACUGGGAACGUUUCUGAAAUCAUUUUGUUUUUCAUUUAACUACAGCAGCCACAUUUAUUGUGACUGAUAUUAGUCCUGUUGAUUUAUCAGUAUAUUAGGUGUUGCUUAAACCACAUGUUUAUUGCAUUAAAAUUCCUUGUUUGAAAAAUUGCAUUGUUUACUUCUCCAAUCCAUACAAUUAUGACUGCUUCAUUAAAAUAGUCUUUCAACUAUAGCCAAACUUAAGUUGUAUUCAGUCAUGAAUAAAACAAAUACAUUUAAAGUUCAA